AUGAAGGGUUUGCGCUUUGGGAUCGUCGCCGCCGGCGCCUUCCUCACUGGCACACAGGCUGACGUUUCUCCUGUUGCGAAGGAGUUCGAGGAGUUCGUCACCAAGUUUGAGAAGACUUACUCGACGGCCGCCGAGAGGGCAGCUCGCUUCGCCACCUUUGCCAAGAAUUUCGCCCGCAUCGAGGCACACAAUGCCGAGGACAAGUCUUUCAAGUUGGGCAUCAACGAGUUUGCCGACAUGGAGCCGGAGGAGUUUGCUGCCGGUCACUUCGGCAUGAAGGAAGAGAGCCGGCCGUGGUCAGGGUUGCCCUACCUCGGCAGGGAUCCGUACAGCGGCUCCACAUUGCCCUCUGCAGUGGACUGGGUGAGCAAGGGCGCCGUGACUGACCCGAAGGAUCAGGGAAAAUGCGGCUCGUGCUGGUCCUUCUCCACGACGGGAGCUUUGGAAGGUGCAUGGCAAAUCGCCACGGGCAAGCUCGUCUCUUUGAGCGAACAGCAGCUGGUGGACUGUGCAAAGAAUGGCAACAUGGGCUGCCAGGGUGGCUCCAUGGAUCUGGCUUUUGAGUACUUGGAGAAGUACGAUGUCUGUACUGAGGACAGCUAUCCGUACCAGGCCAAGCAGGGAACCUGCAUGGAGACGAAUUGCACGGUUGCCGUGCCGAAGGGCUCCAUUGUCGGAUUCAAGGAUGUCACUCCCCAGGACACAAACGCCCUUAUGGAAGCAGUGUCCGAGCAGCCUGUGUCUGUUGCCAUCGAAGCCGACCAGAUGGCUUUCCAGCUCUACAGCGGGGGAAUCUUGACCAAGAAGUGUGGCCCGAAGCUGGAUCAUGGUGUGCUGGUGGUGGGCUAUGGCACCGAGAAUGGCGUGGACUACUGGAAGGUCAAGAACUCUUGGGGUGGAAAUUGGGGAGAAUCUGGCUUUGUCCGAAUUGAGCGCGGGGUGCCCAAAGACGGCGAGUGCGGCAUCAAGGAUCAGCCGUCCUAUCCCAUCGUCAAGGCCAAGGAAGCCACGAACGCAGCCGCAGCUUUCGCCCACUUCACCCACCGGUUUGAGAAGACUUACUCGACGGCCGCCGAGAGGGCAGCUCGCUUCGCCACCUUUGCCAAGAAUUUCGCCCGCAUCGAGGCACACAAUGCCGAGGACAAGUCUUUCAAGUUGGGCAUCAACGAGUUUGCCGACAUGGAGCCGGAGGAGUUUGCUGCCGGUCACUUCGGCAUGAAGGAAGAGAGCCGGCCGUGGUCAGGGUUGCCCUACCUCGGCAGGGAUCCGUACAGCGGCUCCACAUUGCCCUCUGCAGUGGACUGGGUGAGCAAGGGCGCCGUGACUGACCCGAAGGAUCAGGGAAAAUGCGGCUCGUGCUGGUCCUUCUCCACGACGGGAGCUUUGGAAGGUGCAUGGCAAAUCGCCACGGGCAAGCUCGUCUCUUUGAGCGAACAGCAGCUGGUGGACUGUGCAAAGAAUGGCAACAUGGGCUGCCAGGGUGGCUCCAUGGAUCUGGCUUUUGAGUACUUGGAGAAGUACGAUGUCUGUACUGAGGACAGCUAUCCGUACCAGGCCAAGCAGGGAACCUGCAUGGAGACGAAUUGCACGGUUGCCGUGCCGAAGGGCUCCAUUGUCGGAUUCAAGGAUGUCACUCCCCAGGACACAAACGCCCUUAUGGAAGCAGUGUCCGAGCAGCCUGUGUCUGUUGCCAUCGAAGCCGACCAGAUGGCUUUCCAGCUCUACAGCGGGGGAAUCUUGACCAAGAAGUGUGGCCCGAAGCUGGAUCAUGGUGUGCUGGUGGUGGGCUAUGGCACCGAGAAUGGCGUGGACUACUGGAAGGUCAAGAACUCUUGGGGUGGAAAUUGGGGAGAAUCUGGCUUUGUCCGAAUUGAGCGCGGGGUGCCCAAAGACGGCGAGUGCGGCAUCAAGGAUCAGCCGUCCUAUCCCAUCGUCAAGGCCAAGGCCAAGGCAGCAACAGCCAUUGUUGUUUGA